UUUUUAUUAAAAUCUGGUAGUCUGAAAAUUCGUAACUGCGGCGACAAAGUAACGUCAUAUGUGACGUGAAGAAAAUCAUUUUCAAAAUUCGUAGUCUUGGCCAAAAUUUUAAAUUUUAGUGAAAAUCACAUUUAUAUCAAAAACUAAAUUCUAGUAACACAAUGAGGGAAUGUAUUUCGGUUCAUAUUGGUCAAGCUGGUGUACAAAUAGGUAAUUCAACAUGGGAACUAUAUUGUUUGGAACACGGCAUUCAACCAGAUGGAACAAUAAAAGAAACCGAUCAAAUUGUGUCCGAUAAUUGUUAUGGAACUUUCUUUUCCGAAGUGGAAAAUGGAAAGCUAGUACCUAGAGCAGUGAUGGUAGAUUUGGAACCAACUGUCGUCGAUGAAGUACGUACUGGACACUACCGGAAAUUGUAUCACCCCGAACAAUUAAUAACCGGUAAAGAAGACGCUGCCAAUAAUUAUGCUAGAGGUCACUACAGUCUCGGUAAAGAGAUGUUGAAUAUUGUUAUGGAGAGAUUGAAUAAAUUGGCUGAAAAUUGUCACGGUCUUCAAGGAUUUUUCGUUUUUCAUUCGUUCGGUGGUGGUACCGGAUCUGGAUUUUCGUCUCUAUUAAUGGAACGACUUUCCGGAGAAUACGGAAAAAAGAGUAAAUUAGAAUUCGUUGUAUAUCCCGCUCCUCAGGUAUGUACAGCCGUCGUGGAACCGUAUAACUCCAUUUUGACCACGCAUUCGACGCUCGGUCAUUCCGAUUGCGCCUUUAUGGUAGAUAAUGAAGCGAUCUACGAUAUUUGUAGGCGCAAACUCGGUAUCGAAAGACCCGAUUACAUCAAUCUUAACCGAUUGAUUAGCCAAGUAGUUUCUUCUAUUACCGCGUCUCUACGUUUCGACGGAGCUCUAAACGUCGACCUCACCGAAUUCCAGACAAAUUUAGUACCAUAUCCGAGGAUACAUUUUCCGUUAGCCUCCUACGCUCCAGUGGUAUCGUCAGAGAAAGCUUUCCACGAAGGUAUGUCGGUGGCGGAGAUAACGGCGGAACUAUUUGAACCGACAAAUCAAAUGGUCAAGUGCGAUCCAAGAGAAGGUAAAUACAUGGCGUGUUGUUUACUCUACAGAGGCGAUGUGGUGCCCAAAGACGUAAACGCUUCCAUAGCGUUAAUGAAAGCAAAAAGUAACGUCAGAUUUGUCGAUUGGUGUCCAACUGGUUUUAAAGUAGGUAUAAAUUACCAACCUCCGACCGUAGUCGAAGGAGGCGACUUAGCAGGAGUCCAAAGAGCAGUUUGUAUGUUAUCGAAUACAACGGCCAUAGAAUCCGCUUGGAAAAAACUGAAUAAAAAAUUCGAUUUGAUGUUUUCCAAACGGGCUUUCGUACAUUGGUAUAUAGGCGAAGGUAUGGAGGAAGGAGAAUUCGGCGAGGCUCGUGAAAAUUUGGCAACUUUGGAAAGGGAUUACGAAGAAGUUGCUUUCGAUUCAGUAGAAGAUGACGAAAAAUGAUUCUAAUUUGUAUAAUGUGGAAAUGCAAAAUAAAGGACACAAUUAUGUUUGUUUA